CAGUAUAUAAAUGCAGUACGAUAAUUAUCCACAGUUGUCAAAAAGCAUCUACAGCUCUAACACGAUGAAGUUCACAUUAGGACUGUUUGCCAUCUUGGCCAUUAUCGGUCUGGGACAAGCUCACCAAUUCCCGGACUUCGGCAAAGGUCCACUUCAUGAAGAUCUCCAAGAUAUUCUAGAUUUAGUCCCUAUAGAAAAAAUUAUCGAUGUCGUCGUGGAUUACAUGAUAAAUGAUAAAGAACUACAAGAGUUUAUGAAAAAGCUGGAAGAAACAACUGUAAUCAAGGACCUAAUGGUAGAUUUUCAAGCUAUUCCCGAAGUGAUCAACCUUCUUAAUUAUCUACAUAAGGAAGGGAUCGAUGUCUACGAUAUGAUAAACACAAUUAACAAAUCACUCAACAUCAAGGAACUUAUACCACCCAGCUUACAAGAGUCUCCACCGAAGAAGACCGGUGGACUUCGUGGAUUCUUCAAAGACAUCAGGAAACAUAUCGAUUUUGAUGCCUACGUUAGCAUAUAUGUGGAUAAACUGCAAAUCUCUGAUGCCUUUGUAAACUUCAUCGACCAACUUAAAUCCGAUAAUUUCCAACAGAUCGUUAACAAACUUAGCAAAAGUAAGGCCUUCCAGCUCAUCGUAAACCUUCUUGAGGACAAAUCAGUAAAUUUAAAAAUUGUGGAAGAUCAACUGUAUCUCUUCCUCGGUAUCACUGUACCAGGCCCUUCACGUAAAUCAUUAAUAAAGGAGCUCGAGGAUUUCAUCAACCUUAUUGAUUUAGAAAAGUAUUUGAAUAUAAUAAUCCAGUAUAUAAAUGAAGACGAAAAAGUACAAAAAGCUCUAUUAUACACGUUCACAACUGAAUUCCACGAUCUGCUGCGCGCCGUCGAAGCUACUAAGGAACACCAAGCAGUCGUGGCAUAUUUAGAAAAGGCUGGAUUCCCUGUUGUCAAAGCUAUCCAGGAAUUACAUCAUGCCAUUGGUAUGGAAAAAUAUGUACCACCCAACGUAAAGAGCUAUUUCAUGUCUCUAAUUAAGACGCAAAAGAUCGGCGAUGGAAUG